AUGGACACCUCCCGCGCCCCAACCCCCCGCGACACCACCCCCCUCCCCCGCAUCCUCUGCCUCCACGGCGGCGGCGUCACAGCCGAAGUCUUCCGCAUGCAAGCCCGCUCCCUCAUCAAAUUCCUCCCGGACUUCCGCCUCGUCUUCGCCGACGGGCCCUUCUACUGUAACCCCGGCCCGGGCAUCGUCCCCGUCUACGAGGACUGUGGGCCCUUUCGCCGCUGGCUGAGGUGGUUACCCGAGCAUCCCGCUAUUGAUGAUGAAAGUGCGGUUGAGGAGGUUAUGUAUAAUAUUAAUACUGCCAAGGAGGAGGAUGAGGGUACUGGGCCUUGGGUGGGGAUUUUGGGGUUCUCGCAGGGGGCGAAGUUGACGAGUUCGUUGCUUUAUGAGCAGCAGGUUCGGCUUGAGAAGGAGGGAAAGAGUGGGACGGAGUAUAAGUUUGGGGUGCUACUAGCGGGCAGGAGUCCGAUUGUUUCGUUCUCGGAUUUGAGCAGGAGUUCGGCUACGGUGGCGGCGGGAGCGAUUAGUGAGGGGUUUCUGUUCGAGGGGGUGUCGCCGCAUGUGUUGAGGAUUCCUACGAUACAUGUUCAUGGGCUGAAUGAUGCGGGGCUGCAUUUGCAUCGGAAGAUGUUGGGUCAGUAUCAUGAUCCCGAGACUGUUACGGUGAUUGAGUGGGAUGGGACGCAUAGAGUGCCGAUCAAGAAGAUGGAUGUCGAGCCGAUUACGGAUGCGAUAUACAAGCUUGCAAGGGAGCAAGGUGUGGAUGUAUAG